AUGCCGCCGGACCUGCCCGACGGCCUCCGGGUGUUCAUAGCCACGCCCGCGUUCGGCGGCAACGUGACCGUGGCGUGGCAGCUGCACCUCGUUGCGGGGGAGUCCCUCAUCACCGUCGGGCGCAACAACGCCGUGAUGGAGUUCCUCGCGACAGACUGCACGCACCUCCUGUUCCUGGACGCGGACGUGUCCUUCGACGUGCAGACCAUCAAGGGGCUGCUGGCCCUCGACCAGGACGUCGCGCUUGCGCCGUACCCUGCGAAGAGCCUCAAUGAGCAGAAGAUGCAGGACAUCGCCAGGAGCCGCGGGCGCCCCGCGCAGCUCCGGGACGGGCUGCACUACGUCCUCCACGGGAAACCAGAGAGCAUUCAGAAGGCGAUGGACGCGGGCAGCUGCUACGCCGAGAUCGAGGCGGGCCCGACGGGCUGCAUGCUGAUCAAGCGCGGCGUCUUCGACAUCAUGAAGGCGGCGCUGCCCGACCUGAAGUGCAGACUGAGCGGAAGCAGCGCUGGCCGGCCGCUGCGCUACGAGACCUACUGGCGCUUCUUCGACACCAUGGUGAGCGAGGAGGGCGAGUUCCUCGGCGAGGACAUCGCCUUCUGCAGGCGCUGGCGCGGCACCGGCGGCACCAUCUGGGCCGACUUCGGCGCGAGGCUGGGCCACGUCGGGCGGCACGCCUUCGUGGGCAGCAUGCUGGACACGCUGGGCGACCCGGAGGCCGCCGCGGCGCCGCGCCCCGCGCCGCCGCCCGCGCACGCCGCCGUGGCGGAGGCCCACGGCGGGCCGCUGGGCGCCGCCGAGGCGGGCGCUGCCGCGGCCGCCGAGGGCGCGGGCCGCGCGGCCGCGGCCGCCGCGCGCCGCGGGGGCCCCGCCGCGCCCGCGCCGGGCGCGGGCGCCCGGGGCGCGGCGGCCGCGCUCGGCGGGGCCGCCGCCCCGAGCGUCGCGGCGGCGGUGGCGCGCGCCGCCGUCGGCGGCGCCCUCGCCGGCGCGCUCGGCAGGGAGGCCGAGCGCGCCGGCGAGGCGCCGCCGGCGCCGCGCCGGGCGGGGCGCCGCCGCUGCGACCAGUGCGGCGUGCUGGCGGCGGCCGGGCGCCCGGGCGAGGAGGAGUUCGACGGCGGCUGGUUCUGCGCGAGCUGCUGGGCGGGCUGGGAGGCGCCCAGCGCGCCGCGGGCGGGGCCGACGUGGCGUGCGGGGCAGCAAAAGAGAAGCGGGGCGCUCGCCGCCGACGUCGCCGCCGAGGGGGAAGCCGGGCGGCCCCGGCGUUGGCGGGACCCGCGGAUCCACCAGAUGUGGGGGUUGGUAGAAAGCGCCGUGACCAAGCUCGACGAAGGAAUCGACGCGGCGGAGGCUAGCAUGGAGCACGUGCUCGCGCAGGUCGCCGACGGGGUCGACGACCUCAGGGACGGGGUGGUCGACGCGCUGGGACUCGACGAGAAGUUCAAGAGCGUGUCGGACAACACCUUGGACGAAGUGGCGCCCAAGGCGGGGGACAUGGUGAUCGAGGACGCCGUGCACUUCAUCCCUUCCUUCAAGCGACUCGACGACGCCACGCCGCAGGAUCUCCAGGGGGCGUCAAGAGCCGCAUGCACCGAUACGAUAUUGAGCUUCCGGGAGAAGAUCCACGAUUUCUGCGAGGACGUCGUCGAGGCUUUGAAGGAGGGUGCCGACAUGAUCGCAUCUGCCCUCAGUUGCCUCUACAAGGUUGCCAGCUGGAUACUGCGAGCGUGCAGGGAGGGAGUCCAGAUUGCCGUGGACCUGCUGAAAAAGGUCAUCCCCGACUGCUGCGAGGCCGCUUGCUUAUCGUGCGCGGGCCUCGGCGCUAAACUGAUGAUGUGGGUAGCAUCGGUGUUUACCAAGAUAGUCGACAUGGUAGAGGACCUCAUCAAGCGAGCCCUGCACACUUUUGGAGUGCCUGACUGGAUUUGCGAGAAGGUCGAUUUCAAUGGCAAUGCCAGCGCGGACCAUGCAACAGAUGACGACGAGCCGGUUAAGGUAAAAGCGGCGAAGAGAAUAAAAGAGGAGCAGGGCGAAGAUGCACCUACACAGCAAGCUAUGGAGGGCGCCGAUGACGCUGGAGCACAGCUCGUCAUCUAG